AGCCUAGUGUGGCCCCCAGGGCAAAAAAAAGUUUGCAGACCCCCCGCUUUAAACCAUUGAUGUCAUCACCACAUUUUUCUCUUCGCCCUUAUUGGUUCCUCUCCUUGGAAGCAUCACAAAUAAACACAGCAAGUUAUUUUGCUUACUGAACUGCAGUUUUUUUAUUUUUAAAUGUUUCCCAAAAUGUUGGUCAUCACCUAAAUUGCACAGCCUCAGGACAUUUGUAGGACAAAUGCCUUCACACGGUGUGAUCAUUUGACAAAGCAAGGUGUGUUCUAUCACAACAUGCAAGUGCAGAGGAGGCGUGCAGAAGGAGAAAACAUGGCCACUGAAACUGAAGUGCUCGGAACAGGAAGCUUAAGUUGCUGUGGUUAGCCGAGCGUUGCAGAGCACUUGACAGGCGAACAGGAAACUGCUCUUUCUCAUCACGUCUGGGACCUGUGACUUUGCUCGUCGGCCUUUUCUCUCUAAAACAUUGGGGAAACAAUCCAAGCUGGGAAUGGCCCAGGGAAGAGAUCAGUCCUUCGCCAGCCGCCUUUUCCACCGGCGUCGCAAAACUAGCCAGGAGCUGAGAGGACAGGAGAAUGAGGCGCCUCGCGUCUCAGACUUCACCGUGGCGUGGGAUCGGCUCAUGAAAGAGUUCUUAGCUAAAGCCAAAGAAGAUUUUUUAAGAACAUGGGAGUGUCCACCACAGAGCACGACGUGCCUGGACGACUUCGACAGGUUCAAGACUCUGGGGACCGGCUCAUUUGGCCGAGUGUUGCUGGUCAAGCAUAAAGGAACAAACCAGUUCCACGCCAUGAAAGUCUUGGACAAACAAAAAGUGGUGAAGUUGAAGCAGAUCGAACACACGCUGAAUGAAAAGAGAAUACUGCAGGCCGUCUCCUUCCCCUUCCUGGUGAGGUUGGAGUACUCCUUCAAGGACAACUCCAACCUCUACAUGGUCAUGGAGUACGUGCCUGGCGGAGAGAUGUUCUCGCACCUCAGACGCAUUGGAAGGUUCAGCGAAAACCACGCACGAUUUUAUGCAGCUCAGAUCGUGCUCACCUUCGAGUACCUCCACUCUUUGGACCUCAUCUACAGAGACCUGAAGCCUGAAAACCUGCUCAUAGACCAGCGUGGCUACAUUCAGGUCACAGACUUCGGCUUUGCUAAAAGGGUAAAAGGCAGGACUUGGACAUUGUGUGGGACUCCUGAGUACCUGGCUCCAGAGAUCAUCCUCAGCAAGGGCUACAACAAAGCUGUGGACUGGUGGGCACUCGGAGUCCUCAUCUAUGAGAUGGCUGCUGGUUACCCUCCGUUCUUUGCUGAUCAGCCCAUACAGAUCUACGAGAAGAUCGUUUCUGGCAAGGUACGAUUCCCCUCCCACUUCACCUCCGACCUGAAAGAUCUGCUGAGAAACCUCCUACAGGUGGACUUGACCAAGAGGUUUGGGAAUCUAAAAAAUGGCGUAAACGACAUCAAAAAUCACAAGUGGUUCUCCACAACGGACUGGAUAGCCAUCUAUGAGAGGAAGGUUGAAGCCCCCUUCUUACCCAAGUGCAGAGGACCGGGAGACACAAGCAACUUUGACGACUACGAAGAGGAGGACAUUCGUGUCUCGCAGACAGAAAAGUGUGCGAAGGAGUUUGCUGACUUCUAGCGAGUUCCAGCAGGGCCUCUCCUGGGAGUGAAGGCGGAACUGUCAUGUGUCCAAAACAAAUGCUCUGUUCUUUUGUUGCACAAGUGAAGGAGCUCCUUAGCCAGCCCACACACACCACCACCACCUAACCUCUUCCCUCCCCUAUUUUCUCCACCUGUUUUUCAAAUAACAUUCGCGUUCCAACUGAGGCCGUCCUUGAAGAUAGUAGCAUUGCACUUCCGUCUUGUUUUCUCCGCUGCGUCAAUCAACGUCCUGGUGCUUUGUCCAAAACAGUUGUGGCUAGCAGCGUGGUUUGUCUAUUGAAUUUGACAUUUUUUAACCUGUUUUUGGAUUCCGGGUGGUCAGAGAUACUCAACACCACGUCAUUGUUGUCCGCACUCAGUCGUAUCCUUCACUAAAUGACGCAUCAUUACAUACAAACAUGAAGUACACUGGAGUCACCUUUUGCUCAAAGGCACCUCAGCAGUGCCCUGCAAAAUACACUAUAUUGCCAAAAGUAUUUGACCACCUGCCUUGACUCACAUAUGAACUUGAAGUGCCAUCCCAUUCAAUAUGACCUUUUGCAGCUAUUACAGCUUCAACUCUUCUGGGAAGGCUGUCCACAAGGUUGCAGUGUGUCUUUAUAGCAAUUUUCCACCAUUCUUCCAAAAGCGUAUUGGUGAGGUCACACACUGAUGUUGGUGGACAAGGCCUGGCUCUCAGUCUCCGUUCUAAUUCAUCCCAAAGGUGUUCUGUUGGGUUCAGGUUAGGACUCUGUGCAGGCCAGUCAAAUUCAUCCACACCAGACUCUGUCAUCCAUGUCUUUAUGGACCUUGCUUUGUGCACUGGUGCACAGUCAUGUUGGAAGAGGAAGGGGCCCGCUCCAAACUGCAUGGAAUUGUCCAAAAUGUUUUGGCAUCCUGGAGCAUUCAAAGUUCCUUUCACUGGAACUAAGGAGCCAAGCCCAACUCCUGAAAAACAACCCCGCACCAUAAUUCCUCCUCCACCUGUGGCCGGGCCAAGUGAUUAGAACACCUGAUUCUGAUCAUUUGGAUGGGUGGCCGAAUACUUUUGGCAAUAUAGUGUAUGUUCAGUCAGUGAUGGGGAUUCUAAAGCCCCAUGACCUAUUUACAAACUUAAUUGGUUCCUGGACAGGGUUCGUAAAUGGAAAAGUUCCCAGAGUGAAGUAAAUCUCUCCGUAAGAAACAAUGUAAACAUGAAUCAUGUCUUCCAGUCUUGACAAAAGUGGGUUAGUUAGUGGAGAUUAGUACUUUCAAACAGCUCUACUGUAUAUCAAACAAACAUAAGUGCGUGAAGGAUUAACUUUCUAUUUAUCAACAAGCUACAACGACAAGCUGAACUGUUCUGUAUGCGCCGCCAGGUCCCUUUGGUGCCCUCACAAAAGACCAGAAAUCACAGAAACCUUGAACUUUAACAACCAUUUUGCUGCAGUAGUAAACAUUUGGAAAAAAGUCAAAUCCACUCUCAUGAGCUGCUCCUCACGAGAGAAUGAGUCUUGUUUACAUUGAUUCUUAUGCGGAACUCUGCUUCAUUGUCGGCAAACCACGUUGAAGAACCAAAUUGGCUUCGUAGAUGGAGGUUCCUCUGUACGUGUUUUGUUUUGGUGCGGCAAGAAGACAUCAUUUUUUUUACAAUCCCAAAGUCCUUUGCUGUCCCUCAACUUCAUUGAAAUUGGUGAGAAUUCCAGCCUUGUAUCAACAAGACUAACUGGGAUACCUUGAGGCUCGCCCGGUAGCAGGAUGUUUGAAGUGACACCAGGAAACGAGUGGCAGCUUGAGGCCAGCAAGCUGUCCGUGGACUUGGACUGUGAAUGCAGUGUGCUUCCCUUAUCGUUUGUGCCUUGAUCUGUGCCCACCGUUCUAAGAAAGUGACAAACACAACAAUGACAUUCACAAAUUCUGAUUUCAGAGUUCAGGGGAAAAGUUGUUUGCAAGAUCACCGUUCAGUCACUUCUUGUUUUGCCCUGUACACGUUUGACCAGACGAGGAUUCAAAUGUCUCAUGAAGUAUCAACGUGCUGAUCACAGAAAAAAUCCCGACUUUUUGACAGAAAAAAUAAAA